UCAACCAACAACCCACAUUUUGAAUGGAGCCUGAGGGGUUUAUAUUGCUGUCAAACCUCCCGGCAAAAUCUGAACCACUUCCCGAAGCAGUCACGUGGUACAGCCGGGCAGCGAGGCUUCGGACGUCAUCAUUUUUGGCUCCUCCCCUAAAUGAAGCAAGCCUCGAUACGCGCUUCGAGGAAACGCCCCCUCCAUUACUCGACACACGCUUCGAAGCGUCGACACAUCUCGUAACAACACUACUUUCGCCCUUCUUCUGGUGAAUGUACUCAUGAGAGAAAGUAGGGUGGCUGAAGUGAUGCUAACGUUAGCUUAGCCCCGCGCUGCAGCUCACGCUAUGUAUUCAGAGAGCAACGCUGCUGGAGGCGUUCAGGGGCAUCUCCUGAAACUUCAUGAAUAUCUCGCAGACGAAGACACACGAUCCGCAGCUUUGAAAUGCCACGAUAUUAUCGGUGACCUGGGACAGGAGUGCAUGCUCACACCAACCGACAACGAACUUGCUUUUCAGACGUCCUUAUUGUUCUCAAAAGACUAUGGACUGCUCAGCUUCCUCAGGAAGUCCCUGGCGUCAGAGGAGUUCCGGGACACCCGAGUUGAGAUCUUGGGUUUUUUGGAGAAAUUCUUGGACAGGGUCUCACCAAGUGUCAAGGGUUGGGAGAAGACAUACGCCACUGACAUACGAGACACAUGCAUGGAUGUGUAUGCGAAGGAGAAAGCAGCCAAGUGUCGGUCUCUGGUGCUGGAUCUCCUCAUCAAGGUUCUCCAAACAACAAAAGCUUCCAGUGUGGUUGCAGAGCUUCGAGUCUGCGACAUAUUCAACAGGUUUUACGGCGAUCUCUGUCAGAGGAGCAAACUGCCUGAUUCAGUCCUCGGCAAAAUCUACGAGUUGCUGGGAGUUCUCGCAGAGGUUCACCCCAGUGAGAUGGACAAGAACUCUGACAAACUCUACAAGGCCUAUCUAGCGGAGCUCAAGGAACGGAUGACCUCUUCAACAAAGAAGCCCAAACUUUUAGUUGUAGCUGGAUGUUUGAGAGGAAUCACUGCGCUUAUGGUCAACUUCCCUAAAACAAUGGAGGAAGACCCAGCAACAUCCAACGACAUUUUCCAGUAUGCCCUGAAGGCCGUCAGCCCGCAGAUGUCGAUGACGCGCUACGCUGUCACAUUCGCCGGGCUCAGACUCCUCGCCAAACAUGCGUCCCAGUUCAGCAGCUGCCUCAUGGACCACUACGGAGCUUUGUUCGAGGUCAUGUCGAAGCUCUGUGGACAUGGCAACGCUGAGAUGAAGAAGACGAGUUACUACGCACUUGAGGCCUUCCUCAAACAGGUUGCAUUGCUGGUGGCAGACAAUAUUGAGGAGCACAAAAGCAAGUUUAAGUUCUUCAUGAAGAAGUUCUGCAGCAUCAUUAGAACCAUGGACUCGACGCACAAGGAGCUGUCCAUCGCUAUCCGGGGAUAUGGAUUCUUUGCCACCCCAUGCAAGAAAGUUUGCCCACAAGACGUGGACUUGAUGUACACCGAGCUGAUUCAGAGCUGUAAGCAGAUGUAUCUGACCGAGUCCGAUGGGGAGGACGACAGCUUCUACCAGCUGCCCAGCUUCCUGGACGCCAUAGCCAGUGUUCUGAUUCACCUGGACAAGAUUCCAGAGGUGUAUACACCGCUGCUGGAGCGUCUCCUCGUGGUGCAGAUCGACAGCUUCCCGCAGUACAGCGAGAAAAUGCAGGUUGUUUGUUGCAGGUCCAUCCUGAAGGUGCUGGUGGCCAUGGCCUCCAAAGGACCGGUCCUUUUGGGAUUCAUUAGCUCUGUGGUGCACCAGGGCCUGAUUCGUGUCUGUUCAAAACCCAUCAUGCUCUCUGAGGACAAAGACAGCGGGCUUUCCCAAGUUCACACUGGAAAAUGGAAAGUUCCAUCCAGUCAGAACUACCUCGCCCUGUUUAAAGGACUUCUAGACUGCCAUCUGCUAAAGGAUUCAGGAUUUUUGGAUGGAGCUUUUGAAAGUCAGAACGCCUCCCUCGUAUCUUUCAGCCGUCUGCUUUACGACGAGUUGGUGAAAUCAAUUCUCAAAAUAUUGGAAAAGUUGGACUUGUCCGUGCAGAAAGUGACAACGGGAGAGGAGGCUCCGGAUGAUGCGGCCCAUGUCCUGCCGUCCUCCGACCCCACAGCUCAUCUGCUGCCCAAUAAGAUCAAAGACUUCACUGCCUUCAUCAACCUGGUGGACUUCUGCAGCGAAUUGUUGCUGACUAAACACCUGGACUAUUUCCAGUCCUGGAUGUAUCCCUUGAGCCAUGAACUUAUCCUCCACUCCAUACGAAAUCCACUUGUCAGUGGCUUUUACAAGCUGCUCUCUGUCACCAUGAACAUUGCCAAGAGAAUCAAGUACUACCAGGGAGUUGACCCGAGAAGCUCCAUAUCACCCCAGAGUGACACGGUGAAGAGCGCUUGUUUCGCUCUCUUCUCUAAGUUUGGAAAAGAGGUGUGUGUGAGAAUGAAGCAGUACAAAGAUGAGCUGCUGGCCUCCUGCUUGACCUUCGUCCUCUCGCUGCAGCACAGCAUCGUAGAUCUGGACAUCAAGGCCUACUGCCCUGCUCUCGAGGCGGCUCUGAAGUUGGGUCUGAGCCAUGUUCCUUUGGCCAACGUAGCCCUCGAUGCCCUUGAGGACUGGUCCUCCCACAUUCCUCCGGAGACGAUGCAGCACUGCUAUGCGAGCAUCCUUCCUCUUCUGGAUGGAUACCUGAAAACCACCUCCGACGACAAAGACGACAGCAACUGGGAGGUGACGUCUGCUGUGUCUUCGAGAAGUGGCAAAGGAUACAGCCGAGUGAUGACGAGGCUCUUGAAGAAAUCGCGCCAGCUCACCACGGAAGACGCUCCUCUUGUCGCGGUGAGGCUCCGGGUGGUGAAGUUGCUCGGUCACCUGGGAGGACAGCUGAACAGGAACCUUGUAACUGGGGUCUCAUCAGAGGAAACGAUGAAGAGACUUGUUGCCUGGGAUUCUGAGAAGAGGCUCAGCUUUGCGGUGCCAUUCGCCGACAUGAAGCCGGUCAUCUACCUCGACCCAUUUCUGCCGCACAUCAGUGAACUGGCUCUGUCCACAAGUGACAGACAAACCAAAGUCGCAGCUUGUGAGCUUCUCCACAGCUUGGUGGUCUUCAUGGUUGGGAAAAGUGCUCAGAUGGUGGAGGGGGACAAUAGCUUGCCGCCCAUGGACAAGCUGCACAAGAGGCUGUUUCCUGUGCUUCUGCGUCUGGCAUGCGAUGUGGAUCAGGUGACCAGACAGCUCUUUGAACCGCUGGUCAUGCAGCUGAUUCACUGGUUCACAAACAACAAGAAGUUCGAGAGCCAAGACACAGUCGCUGUUCUGGAGGCCAUCAUGGACGGUGUGGUUGACCCGAUGGAUUGCACUCUCAGGGACUUCUGUGGCCGCUGCAUUGAAGAGUUUGUCAAAUGGUCAAUCAAACAAACCACCCCCACGCAGCAGGAGAAGAGCCCGACCAACAUGAAGUCCUUGUUCAAGCGUAUCUACAGCUUGGCUCUCCACCCUAAUGGCUUCAAAAGACUUGGUGCAGCCUUAGCGUUCAACAGCAUCUACAGACAAUUCAGGGAGGAGAAGUCUUUGGUGGAGCAGUUUAUCUUUGAAGUUCUCGUCAUAUUUGUGGAAAGUCUGGCUCUUGCACACUCAGAUGAGCGCUCUAUGGGUACCGUGCAGCAGUGUUGCAUUGCCAUUGAUCAUCUGAAAAGAAUCAUCAGUCACAAGGCCCCCAGUCUCAAUCAGCACAACCCCAAGACACGCGUCCCAAGGGGCUUUCCACCUGAUGGGAAGUUGUGCCUCCUUGAUGUGGUGUUAUGGCUCCUGGAACAAUGUGGCCGUCCUCAGUCUGAGUGUCGCCACAAAUGCAUGGCACUGUUCCAUGAGUUCGUUCCUCUCCUCCCAGGAAAGGAGUCUGCAUCUCAGUGGGUAGACGGCAUACUGAAGGAUCACGGCAACGGUUUCCUGAUCUCACGUUUGGAGGGUGGCGGUCUCCUCUCUCAGCCCACUCUCAGGGACCUGACGGGUCCGUUCAGUGUCAGAGCCACCCUGCUGUGGAUGGACGUACUGCUGGCUGCCCUGGACUGCUACAACACCUUCAUCGACUUGCACAUAAUCAAGCCGAACCUCAUGCUGAGCUCCGAAGAGAAGUCGAGCUUUCUGAAAGGAAUACGUUUUUUCUUGAUGGAGCUGGCAACUCACGAGCCGGCAGCAGCAGAGAGCUGCUUCCCCUUUGGCAAGAAGAUGUUGGAGUUGGACAGCGACACACCACCUGGACGACACUCACUGGAAGAAAGAGCGGACCAGUACAACUAUAGCAAGUGCACCAUCAUUGUCCGCCUACUGGAGUUUGCCACCAUGAUUCUUGUCAAAGGAGACAAAGAAUUUUGCAAGCUUCUGGAACAAGACAUUUUUGUCUCUGAUUUCUUUGAGCUGACUGCGCUGGUGGUGUGUGAGCCCUCCACUGUGGGGUUCAACAUGGCAGAUGUGGAGGUAAUGAGGAACCUACCAGAAGUGUGCGUUCCUUUACUAAAGGCGCUGCUGGCCUCGCCUUACCGCACUCGACUUGAAACCAGUUUGCGGACAAAAAUCUCCAUUGAAAGUGUGGAGGAGUUGUGUGCUGUAGAUCUCUAUCACUCCAGCACCCUCAGCCGCCACGACCAGAUGAAUAUGGUUCUGUCGUCCUGUAAGCAGAUCCACAAAGCCAACUUCCUCAGCUCCAUUCUGCACUGUCAGGAUGGCACAUAUGCCAAAUCCCUUGGGUCCCGACUUCUAAUGGCAGUGUAUAAAGGAAUAGCGCCGGGUGAGGAGCGGAAGGCACUUCCAUCCUUGGACAUAAAUACCAAGAGUCUGGCGGAUGGCCUGCUUCAGCUCGCCUUCUCUCUAAAUCAACAGAGUGAGCAGCUGGUGGACCUGUUGUUGAACACCAUCAUGCUCUCUGUGCCAAUCUCUGGAAGUCAGAGCCAUAACUUCCUGAGCUUCUCGCACGGCGAGUACUUCUACAGUCUCUUCCAGAUGACCAUCAACACUGAGCUGCUGAGAAGUUUAAACACCACGGUGGCACGCCUCAUGGAGGCGUCCUCUCAAAACCCCAGCAUGGUGAGCGUGUUGCUGAAUGGCAUUCUGGACCACAGCUUUAGAGAGCGCUCUGUGAGGAAGAACCAGGGGAAACAGCUGGUCGAAGCGGUGCUAGGAAGAUGGAACAGUCUGCAGUCGUGGUGGGAGGGACACUCCUCCACGCCAGAGAGCAAAACGGCCACUCUACUGCUGCUCUCCAAGCUGCUUCAGAUUGACUCUUCCAUCUGCUCCGAUGCCAACCACAAAGCCUUCAAACCGGUGUUUUCCACUUUCACCAUGCUGCUGGUUGACGUGAAUCUGCCACUGAAUCUCAAGAGUCAGGCUCUGCUGGUGUUGCCCUUCUUCACAACCCUCCCAGAGGAGCCACUUGCUGACCUGCAGAAAGCCCUGGACGACCUGGUCGUGUCCCACUUCCCCAUGCAGUCCGAUGAGUUCGCUAAGGGCUCGCUGCAUCGCAACAACUACAUGGACUGUACCCGAAAGUUGCUGGAUGCCCUUGAGCUUUCUCAGAGCCCACUUCUUCUCAAGCUGAUGGCAGGGAUUCUGUGUCGUGACAGAAAACACAUCAUGGAGGAGGCCUUCCAAACCUGUUUCCAAAGAAUCGCUAGCCGGUCGAGCAGCGAGCGGCAGCUGGCGCUGCUGUGCACCGUGUUCGGGGUGAUCCAGCGGGGCGACGUGCCGAUGAGCUCCGUGCUGGAGGCCAUGAUGGAGAGGGUCCUGCUACCUCUCGCCUCUCACUGCAGCACCAAGGCCCUCAAUGACUUCUUUGUCACCAAUGUGUCUGACAUCAUAGUUUUGCUGCUCAGUCGCUUCACAAAGUCAAAUGAAAUGGAAUUUGAGAUCCAGUUGAUGAAGAAGAACGGCUGCUUCAAGCUGAUGGAGCUCCUGUAUUGUCAGCUUCCCAAAGAAGAGGUUUACUCCAUGGAAUCCCGCAUUAAUCAAGCCUACUGUCGAUCAGACAAAACCGAAGGGAAUGACUUGAUCAAGUCGUGUUUUGAAGCCUUCACUGAGAACAUGGCCGGUGAGACUCAGCUGCUUGAACUGAGGAGGCACUACCACUGUGCAGCGUACAACUGUGCCAUCGCCGCCAUCAGCUGUAGCUUCAAUGAGCCCAAGUUCUACUACGACUUCCUCUUCAGUGAGAAACCCGAGAAGAAUCAGUUCAUUCUGGAGAAUAUCAUCGACGUUGAAAGGACCUACAACUUUCCAAUUGAAAUUGAAGUCCCACUUGAGAGAAAGAAGAAAUAUGUCAUGAUUCGUAAAGAAGUGAGCGAGGAGAGUGGAGAAGCGCCAGUGUACCUGUCGUCCCAGUCUUACAUGGCCGACAGCAGCCUGAGUGAGGAGAUGAGCCAGUUUGAUUUCUCCACCGGAGUCCAAAGCUUUUCCUUCAGCUCCCAAAACCCAGAAGGACACAGGCGACCUGUUGCAAAAAGAGAAACGGAGGAGAAAAAUCCCUCCCAGGAUGCAAUGGUGGAUCUAGAAAUGGAUGAGCUGAAUCAGCAUGAAUGCAUGGUGACCAUGACUGCUCUUAUUGGACACAUGCUAAGGAACAACAUAACCCCCAAAACGGAACAGGGAACCAUGCCGAGUGAACUGCCUCCAUGGAUGACAUUUCUACAUGGCAAACUAUCAAAUCAAGCGACACCUCUGAAUAUUCGACUCUUCAUCUCAAAGUUGAUCAUCAACACAGAGGAGGUUUUCCGGCCUUAUGCCAAGCACUGGCUGGGGCCGCUCCUGCAGGUCGUCGUUUCUGGAAAGAACGGAGGAGAGGGGAUCCAUUUUAUGGUGGUGGACAUUAUCGUCAUAGUGCUCUCCUGGACGAGCCUGGUCAGCCCCAAGGAAAACCCCAGAGAUAAAGUGCUCGCCAACCAGCUGUUGGAGUACCUGAUGACGCAUAGCUUCCACUCCACGAGGGCAGUUUUCCGGCACAAUCUGGAGAUCAUUCGUACCGUGGUUGAGUGCUGGAAAGACUGUCUCCAUGUGCCUUACAGUCUGAUAUAUGAGCGUUUUCGUGGCACGGACCCAAACAGCAAAGACAACUCUGUUGGACUUCAGCUACUGGGAAUCAUCCUGGCAAACAACCUCCCUGCUUACGAGGCCUCGUGUGGAAUUGAAUACGACAGGUACAUCCAGUCCCUCACCAACAACGUGUCCUUCGUGAGAUAUAAAGAGGUCUACGCAGCUGCUGCUGAGAUUAUUGGCCUCACCCUGAAGAACAUGAGUGAAACGGACGAGCAUCGUCGAGAGCUUUUCAGUGCUGCUGAAAGUAAGAUAACCAAUCUGAAGGAAAAAAAACAAAACAUGGAUGACAAGUUCAUUAUUUGCUUGAACAAAGUUUCAAAGCACUUUCCUCCGUUUAUGGAUCGGUUUUUCAACGAUGUGUUCUCCCUCCUGCCCAAACUGCACGGCAUCUUAAAGACUCAUUGUUUGGAGUGCGUGCUGAGCCGUGCUGAUGUCAUCCCGGACAUCUUUCUCCAUCUGAAGACCACAGGCUUUAUCCAGAUGAUGGGCCACAGGGAUGAAGCCAGGCAGAGAGUGUGUCUGGAUAUCAUCCACAAGAUCAUCGCCAAGAUCAGUCCAGUUCAGCUUCAGGAGCUCCUGGGAGCCGUGACGGCGUUUGUCUCCCAUCCUUCACCAGUGUGCAGAGAGAGGAUGUAUGACAUCCUCAUGUGGAUCCAGGACAACUACAGUGAUGCAGAGAGCAUGGAGGACAGCACCUCAAUCGAGGUUUUGAAUGCAGCGAAAGAAACACUACUUCAGGGACUGGCUGAAGAAAACCAAGGCCUUCAGCUUUAUGUUCAUAACUUCUGGAGUCAGGAGAAGCGCCUACCAACUACGACCCUGGAGCGGAUGUUGACGGUGCUUGGUUCUCUCUACUCCCGUCCAAUAGAGAGGCGUUUCUUGAGCUUGGCUACCAAUCUGCUGCUGGAAAUGACCAGCCAGAGUCCCGACUUCAAAAGAAACAUCUUUGAGUACCCACUGUCAGAGUGUACCUUCCAGGACUAUGUGAUCGACUCCAACUGGCGCUUCAGGAGCACAGUGAUGACUCCCAUGUUUGUUGAAACCCAAAGAUCUCAAGGCCCGGAGAGUGUGGCAGCAUCGCAGUCUGGAGGCCUGAUGGGGAAGGUCCGAGCCACUCAGAGUUCAUUAGAGUUCAGCCAAACCCAAACAGCAGGUCGCCGUUCAGCCUAUAAUUGGCUGACGGGCAGCACGGUGGACACACUAGCAGAGCACACACUUGGCUCUGAGUCUCUGUCGUCAUUGUUGGCGUUUGAUAAGAAAUCAGAGUGGCAAACUACAGCGAGGAGACCAGUGGGAGAAGGCUUUGGGCUGAGGCGCCUUACUGUAUCAACCGAUGAGGUGGACAGUCGCACUAAUGCGGCAAAUGAGCAGUGCAGUAGCAUCCUCAGAUUGAGGCGCAGAUUUCUCAAAGAUCAGGAGAAAGUCAGCUUGAUUUUUGCACAUAAAGAGAUCCAACAACAAAGACAGAAAAAGGUAGACAAAGCUGAUCAAAGGCUGCGUAAAGAGGCUCAGGUGACUCUCUAUCGUAACUACCGAGUGGGAGACUUCCCAGACAUCCAGAUCCCAUACAGCAGCCUCAUCGCCCCCCUUCAAGCCUUAGCCCAGAGAGAUCCAAUUUUAGCCAAACAGCUGUUUAGCUCCCUGUUUGCUGGAAUCUUCCAAGAAAUGGAAACGCACAAAACGAGAGAGGAGAGCGGGAGGAUUAAAGAGGAGCUGCGAGGCACCAUGAAUACAUUCCUGACCAAGAGCACCCUCUGCUUCCCUCCAUUCAUAGCAUGUGUUCAGGACAUGUGCCGCCAGCAUCAGGAGCUGCGUCAAGUCGACCCAGCCGCCAUCAGCUCCACCUGCCUGAUGAGCCUCCAGCAGCCGUCGGGCAUCCUGCUGCUGGAAGAGGGCUUGUUGCAUGACGGGGGCCAGAACGAGCCUCCUGCCAAGCGAUCACGAGGACACAAAGAAAUCCCCCCAGAGACCAACAAAUGGAUCCACCUAGCAAGGCUUUACAGGUCGUUGGAGGAUUAUGAUGUCGUGCGCGGCAUCUUUGGGGGUAAAGUCGGGACCAAGUCGAUCACCUGCACUGCGCUUCAAGCUGAAGCCAACACUGACUUUGCAGAAGCUGUGAAGCUUUACAAUGAGGCCCUGAACACUGAGGUUUGGAGCGAUGGCGAGCCCACCGACUCUGAGAAGGACUUCUGGAAAAUAGCUGCCAUGGAGGCCUACGGCCACCUGACUGAUUGGAAGUCUCUUCAGUACUGCUCCACCGUGAACAUAGAUGAAUACUCCCCGCCCAACCUCGAGAAGAUGUGGUCGGAGCCGCUCCACCAGGAGAUGUACCUGCCGCACAUGAUUCGCAGCAUGCUGAAGCAGCUGCAGCUGGGUGCGGUGGACCAAACUCUCCUCAGCUUCAUCGACAAAGCCAUGAAGGUGGAGGAGCGCAAAAAGCUGCUGGAAAGUCAUUACAGCCAAGAGCUCAGCUUGCUCUACAUCCUGCAGGAGGACUAUGACCGCGCGACGUACUACACCAACCACGCCAUGCAGCUCUUUAUGCAGAAUUACUCCAGCGUGGACACGCUGUUGACUCAAAGUCGGCUGACCAUCCUGCAGUCAGUGCAGGCCUUGACUGAAAUCCAAGACUUCCUGAUGUUCAUCAAAGGAGAAGUGUCUGUGAGCUCACUCAAGCAGCUCAUCCGACUUUGGACCAAGCGGUAUCCUGACGCUAAAGCGGAUCCAGUGAAUUUAUGGGACGACAUCAUUACAUCUCGAUGUUUCUUCUUGGACAAGAUCCGGGUAAAACUAAGAGGCCACGCUCCCGGUGACAGUAUGGAGGUGGACGGUUCAGAAGACCCAGCGGGAGACAUCGACACGUUGGUAAACGACUGCAAGUUCAACAUGAAGCUACAAAUGGCCGACAGCGCUUGGAAGCAGAAUAACUUCCCUGUGGCCACCAAGCUGCUGAAGGAACUUCGCCAAGAAGCCAAAACAAACAGAGGCUGGUUGCUGCGGUGGGUCCACAGUUUUAGCCGCUUCAACCAGAAACGCAGCCAGACCCAGAGUCCUGUGGAACAGAUCAGUGUCAUGCUGGAGACGAUCCCACUCCUGGAGGAGCUUCAGGCCGACUGUCAGAGUGCCACGGCUAAAGUAUUCAGACACCAGAAGAUACUUCAGGGUACAUCCUUCCACAUCCUGGCCACAGCUGUAAGCAGAAGCCCCUCGGUCCUGGGCACUAUGGACGCUGAGAAAGCUCAGAGAGUUGCAAAGCUUUCUGGAGCGGCUUGGCCCCAUGAGAAUUCAAAGAAAGUGGAAGUGGGGCUGCAGGUGAAAGCAUUGAAGUUGCUGUGUGACGCGACCAGAAAGGCCGAUGAGCUUCAGCCGUAUACUCCGGACUGUGUGGAGAGCAGCAGCAUCAUUGUGACAUACAUGACUUUGGCUAAUUUCUGCGACAAACGGCUGCGAGAGGAGGAGCAGAGUGAAACUGAAAGCCAAUUCCCAGAUAUGUUGGCACUGCCCGUUCAUAUAUUGAAGAGCAUGUUGAAAGCACUAAAGAUGAACUCUGAGGACGCUCGCCUCAAGUUCCCACGUCUUCUGCAGAUCAUUGAGUUGUACCCCUCUGAGACACUGGACCUCAUGAUGAAAGAGAUGGUGUCAGUUCCCUGCUGGAUGCUGAUUGGAUGGAUCAGUCAAAUGGUCGCCCUACUGGACAAGCCGGAAGCUGUGGCGGUGCAGCACUGCAUCGAGCAGAUCGCGGAGUCCUACCCUCAAGCUCUGGUUUACGCUCUGAUGAUCAGCAGGGAGAGUUACCAGUUUGAGGACUCUGCUACAGGCCACCAGCAGCAGGGAUUUGUCGACAGGCUCAUGAGCAUGCUGGAUAAGGGAGGAUCUGUGAAGGACUUUGUGGAUGCACUGCAGCAGCUGACAAACCCUGAAAUGCUUUUUAAGGAUUGGAUGAAUGGUGUGAAAAAUGAAUUGGAUAAACCGAGCUUUGACGAGGAGCGGAUGGGCGUCCUGUACGAGGAGAUGCACGCUUCCCUCGGGGAUUGUAAUCGAGGCGGUCACGGAACGUUUCGCAACAAAUUCAUCCGAAAAUUUGCUAAAGAUGUGGCGACACUGCUGGGAUCUAAAGGCAGAAAUCUGUUCGAGAAGAGCAAGGAAGAAACCUUUGUGAAGCAGUUGAAAGAUCUGGCAACAUCCAUGCGUGUAUUUCAGAAGGAACCAGGGAACCUGAAGGAAUACUCGCCCUGGCUGAGUGGAUUUAAAGCAGACACAUUCAGCAAUGAGCUGGAGAUCCCAGGACAGUAUGAUGGCAGAAACAAACCUUUGCCAGAAUAUCAUGCAAAAAUAACAGGCUUCGACGAAAGGGUGAAGGUGAUGUCGUCGAUCCGUCGCCCCAAACGUCUGAUCAUCCGCGGGGAUGAUGAGCGUGACCACCCCUUCCUGGUGAAGGGGGGAGAGGACCUCCGCCAGGACCAACGCAUCGAGCAGCUCUUUGGCGUCAUGAACAUUGUGCUGAGUCAUGACGCCGCAUGCACACACAGAGGCAUGCAGCUGCGCACCUAUCAAGUCAUUCCCAUCACCACCAGAAUUGGUCUGAUUGAAUGGAUGGAGAAUACCUGUACUCUGAAAGACUUCCUAAUCACUGACCAGGAAAAGGAAAGGGCCAAAAGGUGUGCUGAAGAUCACAACAAAUGGCUCCAAAAAUUUGCUCCAGAGUUAAAGGGUUUUGCACUGUAUGGUUAUGCUUACAAGAAUGUGGGACGUUCUGAGACGGUCGACGCUUUUUCCAAAGUGUUGCAGCAUGUGCCCAGAGAUCUCCUGAAGAGAGCUUUUCUGAAGAUGUGCAACAGUCCCGAGGCGUUCCUCUCCUUGCGCUCCCACUUCAUCAGCUCUCAUGCCUUGCUGUGCGUCAGCCAAUGGAUUCUGGGAAUCGGUGACCGCCAUCUCUCCAACUUCAUGAUCAACAUGGAAACGGGAGGCAUGAUCGGCAUCGACUUUGGUCACGCGUUCGGCUCAGCCACACAGUUCCUCCCUGUGCCGGAGCUCAUGCCCUUCCGGCUGACCCAGCAGUUUGUGAAUCUAAUGCAGCCCUUGAGAGAGUCGGGUUUGAUCCAGAGCAUCAUGGUCCACUCCCUCCGCGCUUACAGUGCCGAGCCGGACCUUUUGCUGAACACCAUGGACGUGUUCGUCAAGGAGCCGUCGUUGGACUGGAAGAACUUUGAGCUGAAACAGAUGAAGAAAAAAGGCACAUGGACGGAGAGCGUGAACACCAAAGAAAUCAACUGGUAUCCUCUACAUAAGGUGAACUUUGCCAGAAGAAAACUGGAAGGAGCAAAUCCAGCAACUUUAACCAGUGAGGAGCUGAAGCUGGGCUUUGAGACGGACGCUGCCUACCAAGGGAUGAAGUCUGUGGCCCUGGGGGCCGAGGAGCACAACAUUCGGGCUCGGCUUCCAGCCGCCGGCUUGUCGGUGGAGAAGCAGGUGGACUGUCUGCUGGACCAAGCCAUGGACCCAAAUGUGCUCGGCAGAGUUUGGGUGGGCUGGGAACCAUGGUUCUGAUUGUCUAUGUGAAAUAUUUCUAAGAUAGUCAUUCACAAUAAUUGGGAAGCAAAUCGUAUCGAAGGUGAGGUAAAUACAUUUGAGAAGAUGUUUUUUUGUGGUCUCAUUCCCUGUAAUGUCAAAUGUUUCCUCUUUUUUAACUGCGGCAGAUAAUUUUCAUAUAUAGUGGGUACGGCAGAGUGUGUGUGGCAGGAUCAGCGUGGUGUCUCAUACUUGGCUUAAAGCCCCACUAUGUAGUUUUCCCCUUUUAGCGCCCCCUUCAGUUUUUGAGGUAUUUAACGUUUACUUCAGUGUCGUAAAUACCCAGUUACGAUAGCCGCAGCCUUGCAGACACUUGAAUUGAGUUAGGAUCAUGUGUUGUCCUGUAUUAUAAUAAUUAUUAUUGUUAUUAUUUGUACGUGUCACGGGUUAUAAAAGGUGACGAGGGGGAGGUGA